UCAUCCCUACCCAGGGAUAUGCAGAAUAUAUAGAGCCACUCCAUCAUCACAACCAUCACCAUCUUCUCUUCAUCUUCAUUCGUCGGACGGAUUAAGUCUUCUAACCAUGUUGUUAUUUUGACCAUAUUAUAUUUUCAGUUGAAAGUUGAUGAUACGAUGCCCGAGUCAAGAGACAGAUUGUCGAGGCAAGCCAGCGAAGCGAUGGGGGGAACACAAGGAACAAUGGAAAUGGCGGCUCUGCCAGGCAAUGUGGUCGGAAGAGGUAAUUUAGGAACACCAAGGAACAGACACAGGCGUGGCCGGAAUUUGCAUAGGUCACCCGCCGCCGGUCGCGAGAACAUGCCGCAAGGAAGUGUCCGGCGCGGCCGACGACGCUCCACGAAUAGCGUGUUGCCAUCGUGGUACCCCAGAACGCCUCUUCGCGACAUCACAGCUGUUGUUAGGGCUUUUGAAAGAACAAGAACUCGCUUGAGGGAAAGGGAAGGCCAACAAAUCGAGGGUCCAACAGCUCAGGACCUGGAUGUUCCGGCUCCUUCUGAACCUAUAUCAGGCCCUCAGCUCGAGGAGGGUGUUUCGAUAAUCUCUCCAGGUCCUACAGAGGGAGCACGGCCUUUCUCACCAUCUAUCGGAAAAGUGCCGAAGAUAUUGCUUGAUAUCACCAACCAGAAAGCCGAGGAAUCCCAUUGCGUUACACCUCAGAGAAAGCUACUGAACUCAAUUGAAACAGUUGAAAAAGAAGUUAUGCAGGAGCUGAUGAAACUCAAAAACACUCCCAGAGCUAAGAAGGCUGAAAGGCAAAGUAAAAUCCGGACGUUGAUGUCGAUGCGUUGAUCGAACAACUUGAUUUGACCUUGACAGCAGCUAAGGUAUAUACAUCAGAAUCAGAUAGAAGGGAUUUUGGGAGAAGGAGAUGGGAAUCUAACAGCGGGGUAAGCCAUUAUCUUCUGAUAAUUUUUGGGCUCUCUGUAUCCCGCUUUUACCAUAGUCUUUGCUUGUAAUAUCUUCUACUGAAGAUGAUAAUGUAGGAUAAGAUGGCAUAUUGCUCUCUUGCUGACUGGCAUUUGCUGAAGAUCUUGUGUGGGAUGAGUAGGCAUUGUUUUAAAUUGAUGUACAGAAGAAGCUUGUUCGUCAGAAAUAUGUUUCUUUUGGUGGUGUAAUAUCUCUGCCAAACUAACAAGGAAAAGAAAGCUCAAAAUUCACUGAAAAUGAUUCUCCUUUCAGUGGUAUUCAAACCUGGUUCUGUUCUUUUAAUUAUUCUCAGGGUU